AUGUUGGACAGUUUGAUUGCUCUAAAGGACCUGGAAGACAUUCAAGGAUUGCCCCCUCUAAGAGAAAUAGAAGACGCGCGUUAUGAGAAAAAUACAAGAAAAUCCACACGGGCUGAAAUAGAGCGCCGGAAACAGGAGGAGGUUGCCAGAGCAAGAGUGAGACAAGUGGAUGAAAAGGGAAGGGCGUAUGGAACAGGAAGGAGGAAAUGCAGUAUAGCCCGUGUCUGGAUUCAACCUGGUGAAGGGCAAUUUACUGUCAAUGACAAGCAGUUCGAUGUGUAUUUCCCAAUGCUUGAUCACCGGGCUGCUUUGCUUCGACCUUUCUCCGAAACAAAGACUUUGGGUCUGUGGGACGUCAAUUGUACUGUCAAGGGGUGUGUCAGGUCAAGUUGGGGCAAUUCAUUUGGGUAUCAGUAA